AUGUUUAAUGCCAUUCAUCAGACUCCAUUCUUAACUACAGCUCAUGAAACAACAGAGCUAUAUAGCACAUCACCAGUAUCCACAUUAAAUAAAGAAUUUGAUUUUCGAGAUCAAGAAUACGAAGAAUUUCCUGUUGAAUAUGCAAGUGAAAGAACCAAAUUUUUAUGAAACCGAAUAAGAAAUGCUGCAUUUAUUAUCGCCAGGUUAAAUUUGAUGUCAAAGGAUAUUCAAACAUAUGGAUCUACAAGGCAAUGCUUCAAAAAUGUAGACGAAGAUAUUAUAACGCAGAAAACGCCAAAAUUCUUAUUUCAUCCUUAUGGAAAAUUUAAAUUGACUUGAAAUUUUGUUAUGAUUCUUCUUAUGCUUUAUACAGGAUUUAUUACACCUUAUAUAACGUGUUUUAUUGAUAAUAUAAGUGAACCUUUAUUUUAUACAGAAAUUAGUGUGAGUAUUUUAUUCUUUUUGGACACCAUCUUUACAUUUAAUUCAGCUUAUUUUAAUCGAGCAGAGAUGCUUAUUGUUAAUAGAAAAGAUAUAGCAAAAAAGUACAUUAAAACGUGAUUUAUUGUUGAUAUUGUGUCUAUUUUACCUUUUGAUCUGAUUACAGGAAAUUAUUCUGGCGGAUUGACCAAUAUACUUAAGGUUUCCAGGCUUUAUAAAUUGUUUAGAUUGAUAACCUCCCAACAUAAUAUUUUUUUAGAGGAAUCAUAUUAUUUUUAAUGAAAUAUUGCUUGUUUUGAUUUAUUUUAUUGAUUUUAUUAUUAUUUAUUGCAUACCUUAUUUUGUUUAUAAUUUAAAUUUAAAAAUUAUAAAAAUUUUAGUACUUCGUGGUGAUAAAUUUGCAGAAGCAGAGGUAAGGCUCAUGAAAAUGAUGAGAUUUGCAAAAUCAAGAGCAUUCUUAGACGAAUUCAUUGAUAAACUAAAAUUAAGCAGUGGAUUUAUUAGCAUGUGCAAAUUUAUGUUCAUUGUUUUAGUGACAGUCCAUAUUAUCGGAUGUUUUUGAUAUUAUAUAGCUAAAUUAGAAGAUUUCACUCCAGAAUCAUGGAUAGUCAGAAGCAAUUUAAUUGAUGGCUCAAAUUUUGAAAAAUAUAUAGCUUCGAUUUAUUUUGUGUUCACAACUUUGACUACUGUUGGGUAUGGAGAUAUAACCCCUCUCAAUAAUGAUGAAAAAAUCUUUGCAAUGUUUUUAAUGGCAUUUGGCAUUACAUUUUUUUCACACAUAAUUGGUAAUAUUCAAAAUAUCCUGAACCAGAAAGAUAUAUCAGAAUUGUCAUUAAGGACCAGGAUUCAAUCACUCCAAGAGUUCACAAGAAUUGCGAAGAUCCCUCCUGAGCUUCAUCAAAGAAUCAAAACAACCAUUCUAAAAACUCAUCUUCAAAAUGUUUCAAGGUGAUCUGAUCAAGAAAAUUUGCUGAAAAAUAUCCCUGCUAGACUGAGAGUUGAAAUUUCAACACAUUUAAACACAAGAAUUGUGGAAAGGAUUUAUUUUUUUAAAAAUAAAGAGCAUUUAUUUUUAAGCUUUGUCGUUCCUAAACUAAAAACUGCUCAUUUAUUAUUUAGAGAAUUUUUGUAUAGAGAAGGGGAUUACGCAGAGGAAAUGUAUUUUUUAGAUAUUGGAAGAGUGCAUAUUAAAGCCAUUAAUGGAAUAACUUUUUGAACUUAUUCCAGUGGAGCCUACUUUGGUGAAGUUGAGCUUAUCAAUGAAAUAUCAAGAGAGCAUACAGUUCAAGUUUCAUCAAAAUCGACAGAUCUAUUGAUAUUAUCUAAGCCAGAUUUUCUUAAAAUGCUAACUCCCCCCCUCCGUGAGUGAGCAAACCAUUAGAAAAAUCGCUAAUUUUGCCAAAAAACCCACCCCUCCGUGAGUGAACAAAAAUUUUUUUUAAUAGAAAAAUUUUUUAUGGAGAAAAAAAAUUUAAUAUAUAAAUGAUAAUUAUUAUAAUGAAAAUCUAGAGCUAAUUCUGUUUAAUUUUAAACGAAUUGCUUUUUAAAAACAUAAAUAUUAUAAAUUAAAUUAAUAUUUGCUUUCCAAUUUUACGAAUUAGGAUUUUUUUAAAUUUCGAAAAAUAAAUUUUUAAAAAAAAAAAUUAACCAUCCGUGAGUGAACAAAAUUUUUUUAUUCACUCACGGAGGGGGGAGUAAAGAAUUUUCCUCAGGAAGAAAAGGAAAUCAAAGAAACAUCGGCAAUCAGAAAAAUGAAGCUUGAAGUUGCUAAAAGCCAUGUUUUGGACUUAGCUUUACCACAUCUAAAUCUUGAGCAAAUAAAUGAAGAUUAUGAGGAGAAGUGUAGCAUUGAUAUGACUCACGGAUUAGAAAGAGGAACUACUAGGACAGAAAUGCUAUCAGAUCUCACUAGGAUUGAAAAAAAAAAUUUCACCCAGCUCUGAUCUGAUGCCAUUAAGGGAAAAAAUGUCAAAGAGCAGUGAAUUUUUCCAAAUAAUUCGCUUACUCCCCCCCCCCCCUCCGUGAGCGAACAAAAAAAAUUUUGUUCGCUCACGGAGGGGGGUUAAUUUUUUUUUUUAAAAAAAAUUAUAUAUAUAAAUUUUAUAAAAAAUAUUUUUUUUUCGAAAUUUAAAAAAUCCUAAUUUGCAAAAAUUGGGAAGCAAAUAUUAAUUUAAUUUGCAAAAUUUAUGUUUUAAAACGCAAUUUGUUUUAAAAUUAAACAGAAUUAGCUCUAGAUUUCAUUAUACUAAUUAUCAUUUAUAUAUCAAAAUUUUUUUCCAUUAAAAUUUUUUCUAUUAAAAAAAUUUUUGUUCACUCACGGAGGGUGGGUUUUUGGUCAAAAAAUGGCGAUUUUUCUAAUGGUUUUGUUCGCUCACGGAGGGGGGGGGGGGAGUUAGUAGCCCUUCGAGUUCUUUUUAUACUAAAAGAAAUUUUUUAUUUAAAAAAGUUAACAAAAAGAAAAAGAAAACAAAAGCGGAAUGGCUAAACGAACAAAAUAAAUCAAAUUGUUAAACUGGCCAUAAUUGGGUAGCCCAUUAGUCUUUGCCGUGUAUUUGCUCCAAACUAGAAGCCUCUGUAUACCUGGGAGUUCAAAUGAGGAAAAUUGAAUGGCACCAUCCUGAAUUUCAGAUCUAAACCACCUGUCCAGGCAUUAGCUCUAUCUGUAGAGUGCUCCGCUGGUCAUGCUAGAGAAUGAUCAUGCGGUAGGCAAACCUGUCUAACCCAUCUCUAGGAGCAGGAGAACCUUCAGGGGAGAAACAAAACACCCUGCUUCAGAAGGCUUCUGAAUGAGAUGGUCUAGUUCGCUCGCAAGGAGCAUCUUUCGCCAACCAUCGUGUCGGUACACUGCUCCAUCAUAAGGUAUCCAAUUUCGUCAACGUCACAAUUUUAUUUCUUAAAUGAACAAGGAAUUGAAGAGAUUUUAUAUGGAUUGUACAAAAAUCCUAGUGCAGAAACUUUUCAUGAGAUAAAGGAGACAGGUGGUGCAAGAGAAAAUGCUGCAAACACAAAUAAAGAUGAAGAAGAGGAGAUCCAAUCCAAUCUCCAGAACAUUACAAAUAAUCAAUUACUCUUUAUGCAAAAUAUUGAUACUUUAAUGGAGCUUUUAAAAAUUGAGCACGGAAGCUAA